GAAGAAUCAACACGUCACUUUCAGUCGAUCUGCCACAUAGUCGCUGUGAUCCGCGGUUAGCUUUCCAUACUGCAAUAAUGCCCAUUUAACCUGAGUCGAUGUUUUUGGGGAGAUUGUGGAAGUGAGUGUCGCGGCUAUCUCUCUCUCUUCUCGUCAAUUUCCUCCUCGUUUUAUCUGAUCCACCGCUGAAUGCUAGUUUCUCGUGUUAGCCGCAGUGCAUCUAUCGAACUGCGGUGUUUAAGAUCGUCGUUGAUCACAACGCCAUUGGAAUCCACUUGCUUCUAAAUGUAGAGUAACGCCGUGUUAUACGCUUGAAGGCAAUGGACGGAAACAAGCAGAACGGGAUGGGGCAGUGGAAGAAGGCGAACCUCCCUCCUAAAACUCGCUGAUAUCCAUUGACUUGAGCUGCAACCCGACGACAAUCAUGGGGAGGAUCAACUUUUCGUGCCUUUUCCCGGCGUCUUGGCAUUUUAGCCUGUCAUCUCAUCUCCCUUCACGGCUCCUGACUCCUUCUGUCAGACAGCUGUUUGUCGUCGCCUUUGUGCUCGGCAUUGUUGGGCUGAUCUACCUGUUUGUUUCUGGGAAAGUCCAAAGCACCUGGAUUAGACAAGACGGCUACUUUCACAGACAUUUAGCCAGAGUGACCGACGUGGAUGCAACUGAUACCAGCAACCCCAACAUGAACUACGGUCUUGUAGUUGAUUGUGGCAGCAGCGGCUCCAGAAUAUUUGUUUACUGCUGGCCUCGGCACAAUGGUAAUCCACACCAACUCUUGGACAUCCGACAGAUGAGAGAUCAACACCGGAAGUCGGUGGUGAUGAAGAUCAAGCCCGGCAUCUCUGAAUUUGCCAGAACUCCAGAGAAAGCCAGCGAUUACAUCUACCCGCUGCUGAGUUUCGCGGCUCAGCACGUUCCCAAGCACAAGCACCAAGAAACACCUCUCUACAUACUCUGCACAGCCGGAAUGCGAAUCCUCCCUGAGAGUCAACAGGAGGCCCUCCUUGAAGACUUGCGCACCGACAUCCCCGUCAAUUUCAAUUUCCUCUUCUCAGAUUCCCAUGUGGAAGUGAUAUCUGGGAAACAAGAAGGUGUCUAUGCCUGGAUUGGAAUCAACUUUGUGCUAGGAAGGUUUGACCAUGAACAAAGUGAUGGAGAACCUGUAGUCGACGUUCAUGUCCCAGGAGGCGAUCAGCAGGAGGUGCGGGUGAGGAAGCGAACUGCUGGCGUCCUGGACAUGGGCGGAGUUUCCACACAAAUUGCAUACGAAGUGCCCAAAACUGUAAGCUUUGCUUCUCCACAACAGGAGGAAGUUGCCAAGAACUUAUUAGCGGAGUUUAACCUGGGUUGUGACGCACAUCGCACAGAACAUGUGUAUCGUGUUUAUGUGUCCACCUUCCUGGGUUUUGGUGGUAACGCAGCGCGGCAAAGAUAUGAGAAGAGCCUCAUCGCGAAUACUACUACACGAAAUAAGCUUUUAGGUCAGCAUCUCGGGGAGUCGGCACAGACUCCAGUCCUGGACCCUUGUCUACCAACUGACCUGCUGGAGCAAAUUGGUCCGUCUUCCCAGAAAAUCCAUCUUCGGGGGACGGGGGACUUUGACAAAUGUCGACAAGUUCUACAGCCGUUACUGGACCGUAGCAACAUGUCCCAGACCUCCCUGAGCGGAAUCUACCAGCCUCCCAUCAAUUACACCAACAGCCAGUUCUAUGGCUUUUCAGAGUUUUACUACUGCACCGAAGAUGUUUUGCGGAUGGGCGGAGAUUAUAAUGCCACCAAAUAUUCCCAGGCUGCCAAGAGUUACUGCGCCACUCAGUGGGUGACUUUAAUCCAGCGAUUUGACUCUGGCUUGUACGCGUCACACGCCGAUCUGCACCGGUUAAGGUAUCAGUGUUUCAAAUCUGCAUGGAUGUAUGAGGUGCUGCACUCGGGCUUCUCCUUCCCAACCGACUACCCGAACCUGAAGACUGCACUUCUGGUUUACGACAAAGAGGUUCAGUGGACUCUCGGGGCGAUUCUUUAUCGGACACGCUUUCUGCCUUUGAGGGACAUUCAACAGGAAUCUCUGAAAGGAGCGCACUCUCACUGGCGGCACAGCUUCUCCUUUGUCAACAACCACUAUUUAUUCCUGGCCUGUUUCUUCAUCGUGUUCCUGUCCAUCAUGCUGUACGUUCUGCGCCUGCGACGAAUUCACCGGAGAGCCGCGCAGCGCAGCUCUCCUUCCUCUGUUCCCUGGUUGGAGCACGGCCUCGGCUCUCAAACACUCCCCAUCGACCUCUGACCUUUGUCAAGCAAUAAGAUAAAUCCACUCCCUCUUGCCUUCUGCAAGUUCGGCAAGGCAUUGAAGACUCGCGCCUGCGUGUGGUUUCGGUACUUGGGAGUCUUCAGGCGUCACUGAGCCAUGGAAAUAUUUUUAAUUUAUUUUGUUGGAUAUUUAAAUGUUUUCAAAUCAUAGUCUCUUUGUUGGAUUUUAUUUCUAAGGUGAUGCUGCUUCUGUUUUCUGUCUGGGUGGCCUUUCUUUAUGCUCAUAGAGAUGCAUGAUGACAUCAUGUUUUAAGCACUUGUUGUUUCGACUUAAAGAAAAAAGAUCAUGCAGAAGUGGAAGGAAAAUAGUAGUACCGAUUGAAAAUGUACUGUUUGUGUGCGUUCAUGUUUAUGCACGUGUCUUUUCUAAAAACGUCUGCCUCACUAUUUACACCACAAGACAAGUCGCCUUUAACAGAUGAACCAGUGCAAUACGUGUCUCGUCACUGUUCCCUCGUCUCUUCAGCCCCAUGGUGGGCCGUGGGACGCUGAUGCAUACCUUUACGUUGGGCUUCGUUUUCGGAAGCUGUCGCGUCACUGCUCCAACCGCAUCUUAUUUGUAAAAGUUGGGUACUGAAACAUUUGCACCAAUGAAUCUUGUGUUGUACUGUAACAUGGCAAUGCAGUAAAUAAAGGUUUUACGGUAUAAUAGAUGGUUUAUGAUGACAAGUUGCAUGUCGCCAAAAGUCAGAAUCCCAAAAUGGACUUCAUUUGCCUGGAACCAAAGAAGGGUCCAAACUUGAAUCAGAAAUGGGGAUGAAAUGGAAACAGAAGUUCAGGCAUUUCUCCUCCUCCUUUCUUCUCUCUUAGUAUGAGGCAGACUGGGCCUCUUUGCUUAGACUGUUGCCCCCACAGCCCUGUGUGUACCAGAUUUAAAACAUUGAUGUGUUAAAGAUGUUUUCCCACAGUUUCGAUGGCCUUGUCCUCCUGGCAUCGACUCCCCUCGACUUAGCUUAGUUUAGCUCAGGCUUCUGAAAGCACGUUGAGAAAGUUGCAAGUUUACUCUGCGUUCAUGAUCCACAUAUUGUGAUUCACCUAAAAGGUUUUUUUCCUCCCCCAAAAAAAUCCUCAAGCAGGUGUCACUGCUGGACUACAUGAGCUGAAAACGCUGAGUCACGCAAGGGUUGACACUGGGGUGACACGCCCUGACUGCCGUGCUCCAAGUCACUGUUGUAAUUAAGAGUUCGCCUAUCAUGAAGCACAAGUCUUGCUGUGGGUUUUAACUACGUCAGUCGACUAAUGCAUUAAUUGUGAUGGAAGAUUAAUCAGGUGACACCCACGGAUGAAAUUCCAGCGCCAGGCCAGCGGCCAAAAACCAAAGAACACUGCCAAAAAAAACGUGCAAUGAAUUAUUGAGAGCAGGGAAUGUAGUUCCAGAGAUGAUCAGUCCUCCACCAUUUUAGCAGUAAAUGAAAGGCUUGUUUCUGCCAAAUAAAAAUGUAUCGGUUGUCAUUUGUUUCUAAGUU